GGACCAAUGAGCCAGCGACGUGGCAUCUGCGUCCUCGCAACGUCAUUGGCCAGUCGGCGCUGGACCAUCGGAAGUCAACGGGUGUGUUUCCGAGAGUUGAAGCGGCGGCCACAUCGACGAACUUCUCUCAGGACAUCGGUGAAGAGAGGUUGUCUGUGUACAUUGGCAGGAUGGAGCUGCGACCGUUUUUAAUGUGCUUUGCCCUCUGCGUGGUGUACGCCACCAGCAAGCCCACAGAGAAGAAAGACCGCGUCCACCACGAUGACCCACUCAGCAAUCGGGAGCACGACGACGCAGAGAACUUCGACUAUGACCACGAGGCCUUUCUGGGCCAGGAGGAGGCCAAGACCUUUGACCAGCUCACUCCCGAGGAGAGCAAGGAGCGACUUGGCAUGCUAGUGGAGCGCAUUGACGAAGACAAGGACGGCUUUGUGACCACGGAGGAGAUGAAGAAGUGGAUCAAACACGCGCAGAAGAGGUGGAUCUACGAGGACGUUGAUCGCCAGUGGAAGACGCACGAUCUCAACGGCGACAAUGUGGUGUCGUGGGAGGAGUACAAGAACGCUACGUAUGGCUACAUUCUUGAUGAGCCCGACGCCGAUGAUGGCUUCAGUUACAGACAGAUGAUGGUGCGCGAUGAGAGGAGGUUCAAGAUGGCCGACCUGGACGGAGACCAGAAUGCCAACAAAGAAGAGUUCACCUCCUUCAUUCACCCUGAGGAGUUUGAGCACAUGAAGGACAUUGUGGUGCUUGAAACUAUGGAAGACAUUGACAAGAAUGGCGAUGGUUUAAUUGACCUGGAAGAGUACAUUGGUGACAUGUACAGCCAGGAGGGCACGGCGGAGCCCGAGUGGGUGAGGACGGAGAGGGAGCAGUUCGCCGAGUUCCGGGACAAGAACAAAGACGGCAAGAUGGACAAGGAGGAGACCCGAGACUGGAUCUUGCCCAACGACUACGACCACGCCGAGGCCGAGGCCAAGCACCUGGUCUACGAGUCCGACACAGACAAAGAUGGCCGCCUGACCAAGGCUGAAAUCGUGGACAAGUAUGACCUGUUUGUGGGCAGCCAGGCCACCGACUUUGGAGAAGCCCUCACUCGACAUGACGAGUUCUAAAUCUGUAGCCGUCCACAAAGACUUUCUGUCCACUACACCUCCUUAUUUGUCUUCAGUGGACGUCAUUGUUUUUUUUAUAUAUACACCACGAGGUCAUCUAAUUUAUUUAAUUUGUUUGUUUCCCGUCAUGCGCGUGCACGCACACACUACUUUUUGAAAGCUUGAUUCUUCGGUCCUGUUCUGAUCAAAUGAUUUUAUCGGUGAUAAGAAAGCAAAGGUCGCAGCAUGCAGAAUAGUUUGGGUCUUUUUUACUUUUUUGCAAUGCACUGGAUGAUAACCCUGCCCAAUCUAAUGACAUUGUAUCGUUAGGAUGUUCAUAAGAAGGGCUAAAUUGGACUGCAACAAAUUUUGUAAUCAUUUUCUCACUUUAAGGCAUCUAAAUUUAUAGACAGAAUGAUGCUCUGUCCUGUGGUCAUCGCCUCAAUUUGUAGGUAUUUUGUGUGUACAGCAUAUUUACUUGUUUUUGAUGACUGGCAUCCCCUUUUGUUUGCAUUAUUUUUCACAGUUUUGUGUGCCAAGCCAAAAUGCUCAGAAGCCUUUUCUCCAUUACAACACUUUCCCAUAAAUAUCUUUGCUAUACUUAUGUUAUCACAACCACCAUUUAGAACCACUGUUGAUAAUUUUUCAUGAUAUUGUGUUUUUGAUUUUUUUUAACCAGUUCACUGCAGAAGAAGCCUUUUUUGUAACUAAAUACAGUGCCAUGAAAAAGUAUUGGCCCCCUUCUCAAAUUCUUAUUUUUCCAUAAUUUAGUUUCCCCACUUUAAGAUCAUCAAACAAAUGUAAAUAUCAGACAAAUAAUAACCCAAGUGAACUUAAAACGUUGUUUUAAAUGGUGAUUUCAUUUAUUAAGGAAAAAAAAAUAUUCAAGGUUAUCUGGCCCUGUGUGCAAAAGUAAUUAUCUGAUCACAGCCAAGCCUGGUUACCUCCAGACCUGUUCAAUCAAGAAAUCACUUAAACAAUCUGUCCUGACAAAUUGAAGUUGGGGAAAAAACAUCUAAAAUACCUGCAACAAAUUCACAUGAUCCAAAGAAAUUACGGAUUAGUUGAGAAAUAAAGUAAUUUAAAUCGGUCUGAAAAGGGGGGGAAAGCUUUAGGAUUCCAGCGAGCCAUAGGGAGAGCCAUUAUCCUCACAUGGAGAAAAAUUACCCAAAGUGAACAGCAGUGACUCAUCCAGGAGGCCACAAAGGAAUUCAGGACAACUUCUAAACAACUGCAGGCCUCCCUUACCUCAGUUAAACUCAUUGUUCAUGACACGACAAUUAGGAAGAGACUGGGCAAAAAUGGCAUCUGUGGCAGAGUUCCAAGGCGAAAACCACUGCUGACCAAAAGAAAAGGCUUGUUUUACUCUUCCCCCAAAAACAUUUGAAUGAUUCUCAAGACUUGUCGGAGAUUAUAUGGACUGAUGAGAUGAAAGUUGAGCUGUUUGGAAGGUGUGUCUCGUUACAUCUUGCGUAACUGUAGCACAGCAUUUCAGAAAAAGCAUACCAGCAGUCAAACGUUGUGGUAGUGGGAUGGUCUUGGGCUGCUUUCUCCUUCAGGACCUGGACAAAUUGUUGUGAUGGAACCGUGAUGGCCCAACCAGUUAUUCGGUUUAGGGGGCCAUUACAUUUUCACACAGGGCCAGGUAACUUUGAAUUAUUUUUUUUCUCAAUAAAUCAACCACUUAAAAACAGCAUUUUAAAUUCACUUGGGAUAUAUUUUUCUAUUUACAUUGGUUUGGUGAUCUUAAAGUGGGGAAACUGCAAAAAUAAGAAUUUGAGAAGCGAGUCAAUACUUUUCACAGCACUGUAUGUUGUUGGUCUGAGCUGACGAUCAAGUCCCGUUUUUGUGAUUGAGGACAUCUUAAAAAUAAAAUUACAUUGGAAAAAACAA